AUGAAUGAACACAUUGAAUCCAAUUCUGGGCCAAAAUUUACAAAAGGAGAAAAAUGUUUAUUUGCUCACUUAGUGUCAACUUUCUCAUUGAUUUUCCUCCUAACGGUACUAUACUUGAUUCACUUAUAUUUUGUUAAUCAUAAUAUACACGAAGUUUUUAAUACAAGACGAUCAAACGUUUACAAAAAUGGUAACUAUAUUAUUUUUAUUUAUUUCAUGCAAUUUAUUAAGUUUUGUUCCGCCAAGCCGCAUUGGAAUUAUUCAGAGCUCGAGACAUUUCCAAUAGGGGAAUUGUUUAUUAAUACCACGCCCAUCUAUACUUGUAAUAUAAUGCUGUUGACAUCACAAUGGUCUGUGGGUCCUGGUCAUUGCAUAGCAAUAAGAUCAGACCCUGAUUUAUUCGAUAUAUUGUACUUUUGGAGGGUUAAAUACAGACACAACCCAGUUAUGCUAGCGACUAUUAUUGUUUGUUUAAAAAUCAAAUUCAAACUUAUAAAUACUCUUGAUCCUGAUAUCUAUACAGAUGUUACAAUCAAAAUGAGCAUCGUGCACCCUCAUUUCAACAGAGAUACUUUUGCGAAUAACAUUGGACUUUUAAAACACGACACAGUACGAGUUCUUCAGGAAUAUUAUAGUAAGUAUUUUAAAUACAUAGAAAUGUGAUC